AUGGUGUGCUGUUGUCCUGUUACAAUCGCAUUGGUGGUUGGAGCAAUCGCUUUCUUCCUCUACAAGAAGUUCUUCACACCACCUGCAAUUGCGUCGAAACCAGCUAUUAACAAGACUGAUUACAAGAAAGAUACUGUAUAUCUCUACCAAUUCAAAAGACUCAGAAACUGUCCGAAUCUCUCUCCUUUCUGUAUGAAGCUCGAAGUUCUUUGCAGAGUUUACAACAUUCCAUACGAGAUUGUUGAAACCUCAAUGGGUCGUUCAAGAAACGGAACUCUUCCAUUCAUCGAGCUCAACGGAGAACACAUCGCUGAUUCUGAUUUGAUUGAGAUUCGUCUGAGACAACAUUUCAAGAUUCCAUCUCUCCCAACUGAACAAGAAGCUCAAUCCGUUGCUUUGAGCAGAAUGGCUGAUAACCAUCUCUUCUACAUUCUUAUCCGUUACAAGUCUUCUGUCGAUGCAUUCUACGAGACUAUCAUUGGUCUUCUCAACAUGCCAAGUGCUCUUGCCUCUCUUCUCGUUCCACUUGUUAGGGCAGUUUUCGGAAGAAAGUUGUAUAGCCGUUCUACUGCAGCAAUUGGAGAUUUCGAACCACAGGAACUUGAUGAACUCCUUCACAGAGACCUCAAAGUUAUUCAGGAUUCUAUUAAGGGGAAAUUCCUGUUCGGAGACAAAAUCACGCCGGUUGACGCUACUGUAUUCGGACAACUUGCUUCAGUCUACUAUCCAUUCCGCAACCAUAUCUGUGAUGUCCUUGAAAAAGACUUCCCGAAGGUUCUCGAGUACUGUGAACGUAUCAGAAAGGAAGUGUAUGCAAACGACUUCACCAUCUAA